AAAAGUUUUGUAGGUAGUUGGACCCCCAAUUGUUCUAUCUGCAACUAUCCAGUCUGACGUGUAAGAUAUGUACAUGUCAGCACAGCAGUGGCGAGAUGCUCGAUGUUGCUUUGGGGUAAUGGACUGAUUAUCAUAGGCCGUAUCCAUCGCCUGCAUUUGUCAAUAAAUUAACAUCGACUUUUAUCAUUUCAUUACAUGCUCUGAUACGCCCGUUGCUCUCUGAUUUAAUCCCUGGAUCUUAGCUUUUUGUGAGUUCCCAAGAGUUGACAGGAUGUCUUGCUUCAAGGGUAAAUACCAUGAUGAGCUGAUAGCCAAUGCCAACUACAUAGCCACCCCAGGAAAGGGCAUUCUUGCUGCAGAUGAAAGCACAGGAACAAUUGGCAAGCGUCUUGCCUCCAUCAAUGUUGAAAACGUCGAAUCCAACCGCCGAGCCCUCCGAGAGCUUCUCUUCACAGCCCCGGGCGCCCUUCCCUUCAUCAGCGGAGUCAUUCUCUUUGAAGAGACCCUCUACCAGAAGGCUUCCGAUGGUACGCCAUUUGUGGACAUCCUAACUGCUGCAGGAGUCCUUCCAGGCAUCAAAGUAGACAAGGGCACUGUGGACCUAGCUGGCACGGCAGGGGAGACCACCACCCAGGGCCUGGAUGGCCUAGGCCAAAGGUGUGCUACCUAUUACAAAGCAGGAGCCCGAUUUGCAAAGUGGCGGGCUGUUCUCAAGAUUGGACCCACCGAGCCCUCCCAAUUGGCCAUCCAAGAGAAUGCCAAUGGGCUUGCUCGCUAUGCCAUCAUAUGCCAGGAAAAUGGCCUUGUACCCAUUGUGGAACCAGAGAUCCUUGUGGACGGUCCCCACUCCAUUGACGUCUGUGCUGAUGUGACAGAGCGCGUCGUUGCAGCCUGCUACAAGGCCCUCAAUGACCAUCAUGUCCUUCUGGAGGGCACGCUUCUUAAGCCCAACAUGGUGACACCCGGAUCAGAUGCCCCCAAAGUCAGCCCUGAAGUCAUUGCCCAGUACACAGUCCAGGCCCUUCAGAGGACUGUGCCACCCGCUGUGCCCGGCAUUAUGUUCUUGUCCGGUGGGCAGAGCGAGGAGGAGGCCACUUUGAACUUGAACGCCAUGAACAAGCUUCAGGGCGUUAAGAAGCCAUGGACUCUGUCUUUCUCCUUCGGCCGGGCUCUUCAGGCCAGUACUUUGAAAACAUGGGGUGGGAAGCCCGAGAAUGUGGGCAAGGCCCAGGCUGCCCUUUUGUCACGGUGCAAGGCCAAUUCUCAGGCCACUUUAGGAACCUAUGCUGGGGAUUCUGCUCAGGCCGCUGGCGUCGCCGAGAGCCUUCAUGUUAAGGACUACAAAUACUGAUUCACUCGUUCUGACGCCUCAGUAAUAAGCAUUUCUGGGAACUAUUAGGUACUGUUCUUUGUUUUGUUUUUGUUUGUUUGUUUUUCCCUGUGAUUGCUUCAGCCUUAAGAUGAGUCGAACCGGUGCGGCUGAUUUCAAGAUGAUAAACUCUCUUUGAUUCAAUUACUAAGGUUUCCCCUUCUCUGGAAUAAAUUCAACCAUUAUGUUUGUUGGGUAUUGAGCUUAAUAAAUGUGUGGUGGAAAGCAUCAAAUUGUUAAUUACAUUGUUCAUGUUCUGCGCUUGCAAAUGUUCAGAAGCUCUGGAUGAUUUUUAUAUCAUAACGAUUUAGAUUGA